AUGGCGACUGACUUCAACACCGAGGCCUUUACACUCCUUGGAGUGGGCGUGCUCGUCGUGGCAGUAAGGACUGCCUCCAGACUGUCUAUUGCUGGUAUCAAGGGGUUAUGGCUUGAUGAUUAUCUGAUGCUGUUUGCCACGGUCAUCUAUGGUCUCGAGACAGGUACAGCAUAUGCUGUAGGAGCGUGGUGGCACGGCCUGGCGAACAAUGGGAUGACCGACGAACAACGGCGGACCUUGGACCCGAGUUCACAAGAAUAUCAGUUCCGACAGAACGGUUCGAAGACCCAGCUCCUAGGCUGGAGUCUUUACACCCUACUGUUGUGGGUCUUGAAGUUGUGCAUGAUCAUAUUCUAUCAGCGACUGACGCAGAGCCUCGACCACAUGAAGAUGAGAGUUCGUGUCGGCUAUGCCGUUGUCAUUGGGACAUACCUGGCUACUGAGCUGUCGAUUCUUUUCGGAUGCCAUCCAUUCCACAAGAAUUGGCAGAUCUACCCGAACCCAGGCAAUCAUUGCCAACCUGCCAUCUCCAGAAUUGACCUCUACGUUACUGUCGUGCUGAACGUCUUCUCGGACGCAUACUUGCUGUCCAUCCCAAUCCCGAUGCUCAUGAAAGCGGAUGUCCCAUUGGUGCAGAAGCUAUCCUUGAUCUUCAUUUUUAGCGGCGCAAUCUUCGUCAUGGCCGCUGGCAUUCUUCGCGCGGCUCUGGUUCUCGAGGAUCCAAUCGGAGGUGCUCAAGCGGCUGGCAGUUGGGCCGUGCGAGAAACUUUCGUCGCCGUCGUCGUCUGCAACUUACCGCUGGUAUACCAAGGUGGUCGACUCCUUACCAAAUCGACUGCGGCUAGAAAUCUCUUCUCUCGAGCCACGUCCCGACAAGGUUACGCGUCGCGGCAAGGUUACAGCAAGUCGAGCGACAACUCCAACUUCGAGAUGACUUCUACGUCUAGCGUCCCCGGAGCCGAGUUCGAUGCCCGCCGGACAGAGUCGAAGCAGGAAUUCUUCAAGGCGCCUUGA